UGUUUGUUUAAGCUCCUACGCUUCCCGGCGCUCAUCUGUUCCAAUGUUUACGAACUACUGAAGAUACGUUGAGGCGGUCUUCAUGUGAAAGAUUUUGUGUAGUAACGUUAACGUUCGAGGACGUCCUAAUAAUUCAGCAUGUCUGAUGGGGAAGGAGACGUUAGCGUUGCGGUCGCUGUUGGUGGCCCAAUGGACUUGAACACCGCUGUCCAGGAGGUACUAAAGCAAGCUUUGAUGGCAGAUGGCCUUGCAAGGGGACUGCACGAAGCUGUAAAGGCUUUAGAUAAACGUCAGGCACUGUUGUGCUUAUUGGCCAACAACUGUGAUGAGCCUGGGUAUUCUAAGCUCGUCGAAGCUUUGUGCCAAGAACAUCAAAUCAAGUUACUUAAAGUUGAUAACAACAAGAUGCUUGGUGAGUGGGCUGGUUUGUGCAAGAUUGACAGAGAAGGCAAGGCCAGGAAAGUUGUUGGCUGCUCAUGCAUCGUUGUGACGGAUUGGGGUAAGGAAACUCAGGCCCAUGAUGUUGUUAAUGAGUAUUUCAAGAGCAAAGGUCAAUAAAACAGAUUGAAUGGAAAGUCCUCGCUGUCGAAGUAACUACAUCGCCUCAAAGGAAACAAUAAAAAAUAAAAAAAAAAAAAA